UUUUUGGGUUAGCAUAUGACCCAAUGGACGGGAAGGGAUACAAAACGCGGAAUUUUUGACAACUCAUUUCCCAUACAUAAACAGUGCGGUGAAGUGGCUAGAUGAGCCACGAUUUUCAGUGAUUUGAGUGAUUUCCUGGCCAGAAUCUCUGGCCAGGAUGUGUUCUGAUGGAGGGAUGGGUAUCCUCCUUUAGUGUUGUGUUAAGUUUAAUGCAAUUUUGUGGUAAAUAAGUGGUAAAUUUAACGCAAAACCGUGGCAAGGUACGUGUUUUCAGUGUGGAGAAGCGGCUGGAUGAGCCACGAAUUUCGGUGAUUUGAGCGAUUUCCUGGCCAGAAUCUCUAGCUGGGAUGUGUUCUGAUGGAGGAAUGUGUAUCCCCUUUUAGUGUUCCGUUAAGUUUUAUCCAAAUAUGUGGCAAAUAAGUGGUAAAUUGACCGUAAAACUGUGGCAAGGUGCGUGUUUAGAGGAACCUUCACCUGGGAUGACACUGAAAAUCCUGACCAAACCACUUCUGGUCGGUCUGAUUCUCAUUGUAGUUCAUCCCAGGGUGCUUUCGAGGCAUCUUGGGGGUAACAUUACCGGCCACGGACACAGAGUGCUUCUUAAUUGUGAAUAUCAAAAAUCCGUGUUUUGUAUCCCUUGCGGUCCAUUGGGUCAUAUGCUGACCCAAAGCUUUUCCGGAAAAUCCUCCCUGAAAAUGUUUGGAACAUCCCAGGAUCGAUUAAUUUCGAAGAUGACGACGAAACGAGGUAUUGCAUGGACAAGCGAAAGUCCGAGGAGGAAGAAUGGUGGAACAGACAAAACCUCGUUGAAUUGAAUCUCAGUUCAAAUUCUAUCGCAACAAUAAGUACAAAUAUCCAAAAAUUAGAAGAUCUCUCUAUUCUUAAUCUUAGUAACAAUCUUCUGACGCAGCUACCCGCAGAAAUUGGUUUUCUUAGAAAAUUAACCCAUCUUAAUUUAAAUUCUAACAAAUUGGCCAAACUACCUGUAGAAUUCUUCAAGUUGCAAGACCUUCGUGUAUUGGAUCUUUCGCAUAAUAACUUUGAUGAUAUCCAUGCGGAUCUUGUGGAUCUUGUAAUGCUUGAAAAUUUAGAUCUUUCCCAUAACAACUUGAAGUCCCUCCCCAGUGGUAUUGGAUUCCUUGUACGACUAACAUCUCUAAAUAUCUCAUUCAAUCACAUCAAGGAGCUACCGAAUGAUAUCGUAAAUAUUCGAUCCCUCAUCAAGCUCAACGUAAUGAAUAAUGAUUUGCAGAAUUUGCCUGAAUUUAUGGGUGAAUUGAGGAAGAUGGAAAUUCUCUAUUCACAAAAUAACAACAUUACCGUAAUACCCAAUCUUGUGGGUUGCAAUGCCCUCAAAGAAAUUCAGCUGGGUUGUAAUUCAAUUGAGGCGAUAAGUGAUGAAUUUUGCCAAUCAUUGCCCCAACUAAAGGUGCUCAAUUUGAAGGAUAACAAGCUAAAGGAAAUAUCCAAAGAAAUUGUCCUUCUACGCAGCCUAUCAACGCUGGAUGUAUCAAAUAACUUACUAGAACAGCUACCAUCGACACUAUCAAUGCUGUCUCAUCUAACCAAUUUGCAGGUUGAAGGGAAUCCUCUGAAAACAAUACGACGCGAUAUUGUUCAAUGUGGAACUGCGAGGAUACUAAAAAUUCUCCGAAAUGAGAGAGUUUCUGAAGCAUCCACGGCUAAGAUUGAGGAGAUCUGUGAUAAUUUCCCCGAUAAGUAUGAAAUGAAACGACACAGAACCCUUAAUCUCAGCCUAAAGGAACUCGUUGAUGUACCUGAGGAAGUAUUUAGGGAUGCCGUCGAAGCGGAUGUUUCGUGCAUCAAUCUAAGCAGAAAUAAAUUAACAACCAUCCCCGAAGGAUUCAAAGUCAUGAACAGCGUUGCAACUGAAUUGGAUUUAUCUGUAAACUUCCUGAAGGAUGUGCCGGAUUUCCUUUCACAAUUCACCCACAUUUGCUACCUAAAUCUCUCAAAUAAUCUCCUUGAAAGCCUGCCGGAUUCCCUGGGAUUGUUGAAUACAAUUCGAGAAAUAAAUAUUGCCAGCAAUAAAUUAAGGAUUCUCCCAAAUUGUCUGUAUCAAAUGACAAAUUUGGAAAUUCUUCAAGCAAGUGGAAAUCAAAUUGAAGCCAUUGAUGCAUCAGAUGAAGGUUUGGGAGCCCUAAAAAAGCUUGCACAGCUUGAUCUGUCCAACAAUAGCAUUGAAGUUCUCCCCCCGAUCCUCGGAAAUUUAAAGCAGAUAAAAAAUCUGCAAGUUAUUGGAAAUAAAUUUCGGCAUCCACGACACCAAAUUCUCAUGAAGGGAACUCAUUCAAUUUUAUCCUAUCUGAGAGAUAGGAUAUCAGAGUGAUUUUUAUUGUAUAAUUUUUGUGAUUAAUUUGGCUUUUUAAUGCUAAAGAUAAAAAAUAUUUUUAAUUUUUUAUAUACAGCAGUGUUGUUAAACAUUUUUUAUUCCCAAGAAAGGACGAGGCUUAUUUGUUUUUUUUUUAUUUAUAUCAACUAUGUACCUAUAUGAUAUUAUUACCUAUGCAAAACACCUACUAUAGAGAAUAGGCAGGAUAAUGUUGUAAACCAUCUAAAAACUAAAGUUUCGACAAUAUUUUCUUUUAAAAUUUUUUACUUAAAUAUAUGAGGAAGAACAGGACGAAAAGAAAAUAAAUAUCCUUAAAAUGUUGGAUUUUUGAGAUAUUUUUAAGCCUAAAAAUCAUUUAGUAAAAGAGAUAUACUUAUUAUCCUGCCAAGAUCUUUAUAGAUUUUAUAUUGUAGGUUUAGCCAGGAAAAUCAGCUUUUUUUAGUUUAGUUAAUAACAUUUUUUUUAUUUUUCAUUUUAUUAAAAUUCUUUUUAUUAUUAUCUAGUCUAGAAAAUACAGCAAUUUGCACACCCUGUGAUUCACAAAAAAUGCUCUUUUACCUUAAUUUUCCCAUAAAGUGAUAUGUUAUAAUUUUAGGGAAGAAUAGGGAUAUAUAAAUUAUUUUUUUAAUAUUUAAUUUUCAAUAUUAAUUCAAUUAGACCCCGUUCUCCCUUAAUUUUCAUUAGAUUUAUUUAUUAUUCUUGAAAAUCACUGUAAAAUGUCUUUUUUAAAUGAAUAAAAAUUUAUUCGGAAUAUUAAA